AUAACAGAAACUUAUGCAUUUCUGCCGAGAGAAGCUGUCACCCGUUUCCUUUUGGGAUGCACUGACUGCCAACGACAUCCCCGUUCCCCGUCUCCCGCAACCGUGCUUCCUACCCCAAGCCCCAGCCCCACGUUACCCCUUGCACCGACAGCGACGCCCGUGCUACCCUUAGCAACGCUGACUCAAUCAACUGUAACAAUUACUACCAAAAAUAACUGUUCUCUAACUUCUUCUUCGUCACUGCAGAGUCCGACGGCUCUGUUCGACUCCAAUACUCAGUCUUUAAAAACGUGUAAUUCGCUAAAGCCGAAAUCUUGCAACAAUUCAUCUUCCAAAUGUCCAUCCCCGAUUCCGGUCAACGGGGAGAACGCGUCCCAAAAAAGUUCGAGUCCGUAUCAUAAUCACGUGGCUCCAACUCAGGGCUUCGGUUUACGACCUUCGCAAAAUCUUCUCAAGCCCCCGCACAGUCCAAUUCCGAUUUCUUGCAAAAGCAAUUUUAAUUCGUUGCCAUCGUAUCCGAAUCAGUUCUUGGCUUCGCCUCCGCCCUCGCAUUACGUCGACUUUACGAAACCGACGAAAUGUAAUGGGACGACUUUUGGCGUGGCUAAUACCUCUGCCUCGUCGCCAACGUUGGAUUUGUCUCAACGAAGCACGGACAUCGCUCAAAGUCAGGCAAAUAUCGAUGUUCCAUUAGCCGAGAGCACCCCUGAACCAAAACGAUCUAGCAACCCUUUAGACGUUUGUAAUCUCACUGCGAAAGAUCCGCCGAAAUCUCCAAAAAAACUGCAUUCCGAUAAUUUGUCAGAGAAACCCGUCACCCCCGCAGUCGUUACUUCCUCCUCCCCACCAACCCCUAAACUUUGGUCACCAGUGCAGGGACUGAACAGCAACGAAUCUCGGGGGAAAAGAAGUUUUAUGCCAGCUGAAAUUGACUUUUCUAUGCCCAUCACCACCACCUACUUGAAAUAUAUGCAAAGCUUGGGAUGUUCCGAAGAAGACGCUUUCAAGUUUGAAAAUAAAUACGUGAGUCAAAUUAUUGAUUCCUUCAUGCAUGAGCUUAUCACUCAUUACUUUUACUAACAA